AGGCCGACGGCGUGGCGAGCAGCAUCGAGUCCCUGAUCUCCAGCAUGAAGGAUAGUUUCACGGGCCUCAGCGCCAAGCGGGACCUCUGGUACGAGAACUACUCCACCAUGACCAAACUCACCAGAGCGACACACUCCAGCUGGAAGAACUCCUCCUCGUGAGCAAAAUGGCCAUUCCCAUGAUCUGGUCUCUGUACACGAGUCAAGUCCAAGGCCAGAAGGCUUACCUCAACCGCCUCGUGGACGAGAAGUUGGCCCAGUCGCUGCCUUACGACACGGAGUUUCUGGCACCCCUUUUCCCCUAUUUCCACGUCGAGGCUACGCUCUCUAUGGACGAGCUGGAGGAUUUCCAGGUAGAAGUUUUGCGGGAUGGUGACGUCAUCUAUUCCCUCGGGGUGGACUUCGACGAAAAGCGCGUGGUGUUGGGCGAGGCUCACGAGCAGAAUCGAAUCAUCCUCGAAGGCGACGAUUUCCCGCCAUUCCAAGCAUCGCAUCCUUUUACGAUCAACGUGCAAAUUGCCGACGACUGUGCCUUCACCUCCCUGUGGAUGGUGAAAAUGGACAUCGACAACCCUGUGCCUUUGCCCACCAAGCAUCACUGGUGCACGCAGGACUACCACCAAGCUAGCACCUUCAGCAUCAGGCUCAACCAAGACGACCAGGGGACCUCAGAUUCAGCAGAGGACGACCAGGACAACUUAGUAGACGAAGAAAGCCAGGCCAUUCAGCUCCUGGAUUUGACAGUGUACGAGGGUGUCCUCAUUCAGUGAAUUUGUUGAUUUUUAA